AUGUCCUCUUCCUUUUUGAUUAAGAACAUCCUAUUGAAUACAAACAGUGAAAAGCUAUCUAAAGCAAAUUCUUUAUGCUCGGAUGUGAAACCCUUAGCCAAAAGGAAUAUCCAUAAUUAUGAUUCAUAUCAAGACGCCAUCCAAAAUGAUGACUGUUUAAGCACGAACGACGACAAUAUUAUGAGUAAGAAUAGAGCAUUUUAUCUUGAAGCACAUCCUUAUUGCAAUUACUUUAACAUAUAUAAAACGAAUCCAAUAAUUAAAAAUGAAAGAGAUCAUAGUUAUAAUAUAGAUGAACACGAUUUAGGGAGUUAUGUAUUAAACCGCAAUCUAUAUAACACAGAAGUUAUCCUUGAAUCAAAAAACAAAUCAAGUCAAAGAAAUUUAGAAUAUGGAAAAACUCCUGAUUUAUAUCACCCACUUUCGCCCAAUGUAAAUUUUAACAGCAAUAAAACUAACAAUUAUGGUGUAUUUUAUUCAUAUUGUUUUCCUAAUAACGACAAGAGUAUAAACCAAAAUUUAAGUGAAGCCAUUGAUUCAACAAAUAUUCAACAAAAUUACAUAGAACCCCAUCAAAAAGGGAUAUCAGAUGUUUGGAUCGAAAAUUUUUUGAAGAGCCGUAAAAGGAGAAAGAUGAGAACAGCAUUCACUUCUUACCAAUUAAAAGAGUUAGAGUUACGCUUUCAAAUUCAAAAAUAUUUAUCACCUUUCGAUAGAGACGAGCUAUCAGGUAAGCUUAAUCUACACCCCAAUCAGAUUAUAACAUGGUUUCAAAAUAGAAGAGCCAAAAGUAAAAAGUAUCUUAAUCGUUAA